AUGGCCCGCCGUCACCAUGACGCCGCUCUCAAGCCGUCGUCCUACUCGUUCGCCGCUGGAGGCUACCUUAUCACGUACCUCUUUGGCGUAGCUAAAGCGCUGCAAGAGUUCGAGCUGGAGAAAGAUGCACGUCUUAUCGGAACCUCUGCCGGGUGCAACUUCGACGCUACUCUAGACUACGUGCUGAAAAAUGUCAUUCCUGGUGCUCGCGUGUUCCUGGCGGACACACUGAAGGCCGUGGGCAACCUGCACACGUGGGAGAGGCUCAAUGUAUCGCAACAGCUCACAAUUGUCUACACGUCGCUAUCGGCGCUGACGUCGCGUCGGCAAACGACGUUCGACUCGCGGCAGCAGCUGACGGACACUCUCAUGGCCGCGUGUUGCGCUACACCCAUUGCUGGACUGCCUUUCAGACUUGGCGAUGAAUGGGUCUUCGACGGUGGGAUCUUGGACUUUCAACCGGUCUUCGACGAGAAAACAGUGACUGUGAGUCCGUUCUACUGCACUGGAGCAGAUAUCAAACCUUCGGUGUACGUGCCAAUGUGGUGGUCUUUACUGGCGCCGCGUGAGCGAGACGCCGAGUGGUUAUUUGAUUUGGGAUAUGAAGACGGACUCAAGUGGAUCGUUAAGAACAACCUCACUGGAAACCGUAAAAAUGUGGUCAUCCCAAACAAAAGUGCCGAAUACGCGAGCGAGUGGAGCACGACCGUGGGCCGUGUGGUUGGAUACCGUGGCUUUGAGAGUCGAGUGCUGGAUGCUCUUUUCGUGGGGCUCUUUGUGUGCCUCUGGCGUCCACUCGCCUUCAUGUGUCUGUACCUGGAACUGUACCUGCAGGCCAUCGUUUCGGGUAGCAAGGCCGUGAUCUUCGGGGCCGCGGCAAAGUUAUUCAUCUCGAACAUCAUUAUGGUGGUGCUGGCAGUGGCAACUGUUACUCAAGGUUUUCAGCAUACGUUGCUCUUCAUUCUCGGUUUGACCGCGACUGGAUUCUUCUUAGAAGGUACUCUUCGGCCGGUCGGUGUGGGUAACAGAGUUCCGCACAUCAAGACGGGUAACACAGUUCCGCAACCAAGGCGGGUAACAUAG